AUGGCCUGCUCAGAACGCAUUAUCGACGAGCUGUUGAGCGGCUCUGGCAGGUCGGUUCGCAAGGGACGGCAAAUCCGCGGCAUCUGCGCGGCCGCCAAACAGGCGUUCAUGGGACAGCCCAUGUUGCUGAAGCUGCACGCGCCCAUAAUCGUGGUGGGCGACAUACACGGACAGUACUCCGACCUGCUGCGACUGUUCGAAUUGACCAGCUACCCGCCCGACUCGGACUUCCUGUUCCUGGGCGACUUCGUGGACCGCGGUCCGCAGUCCAUCGAAGUGAUAACGCUGCUGUUGGCCCUGAAAACGCGGUACUCGGACAACGUGUACUUGCUGCGGGGCAACCACGAGAGUUCGUCCGUCAACCGCCGGUACGGUUUCUACGACGAGUGCGUCCGGAAGUACGGCCGCCGGUCUGGACACCGGGUGUGGCGCGCGUUCAACCGGGCGUUCGACUGGAUGCCCGUGGCCGCCGUGGUCGCCGGGCAGAUAUUCUGCGUGCACGGCGGUCUCAGCCCGCAUCUGCGACAUUUGCGGCAGAUCGACCAGAUCCGGCGGCCGGCCCGGGUGCCCAGGCGGGGCGUCAUGUGCGAUCUGCUGUGGGCCGAUCCGUGUUCCGACGUCCGGGGAUGGCGCCGGAACAGUCACAGGAACACGUCGUACGAGUUCGGCGCCGACCGCGUGGUCGACUUUCUCAACCGGUUCGACUUCCGGUUGGUGGUCAGGGCGCACCAGUGCGUCCGCCGCGGUUACAAGUACUUUGCGGACUACCGGCUGGUGACCGUUUUCAGCGCUCCGAAUUACAAACGGCGAAGGUAUCCCGGAGCCGUGAUGUCCGUGGACAGAAACGCCAAUUGCACUUUCAUCACACUGCCGGCGUUGGUGCAACAUCCGUUGGCCGCCAAGGUAACCAGAAGACCGCGCCCGACCAGAAAAGCCCAACGAAAAAUCGUACAAAUUCACGGCGGCGGCGCCAGUUGCAGUUUUGCAAACAAUCCGGUAGACGUUGCACGGAACUUUUAA